AUGGCAAUGAGGUUUAACAUGCGGAAGUGGUGCGUCGCGAACUCUCUGUCAGGCAGAGUGCCGGGGAAGAAUCCAAACACACGUUGCUGCAUAAACAGCGUAUUUCUAUGUACCUUUGUCGGUUCGUUGCUUCCUUUGUUCAGCCUCCGCCGACUUUCCCUUGGCUGGACUUGCACGGCGGAGCUUCUUCUUCUGUACUCUCUUCUGCUGCAAGGUCACCUUCCUCAGCUUCGCAAGCUUCAGUUCAGUGGCCCGUCGGGUGGUUCUGGGCUUUCAAUGAUGCAUUUGCAGCUGUACGCGCUUCUAAACAGCCCACCCCCUGUAUGUCCUCACCAUCCUCCUCUUCCGCGUCCACGUUCGGGAGCGCUCCGCACCUCCGAAUCGUGGCGGAACUUCUCCCCUGAUGCCAGCAACGGCUUAGCGGCACCCGAAAACUGCACCAGAUCGACAGAGGGAGAUGUCUGUUUUGGCCGUCCCAUAGGGAACGCAACUGAAGACCAAUUAUCUGAAGUGGGCAGCACUGAUAACGGACUAUCGGAGCCAAACGAGGUCUGUCACGCAGGAAACGGUCUGUGUACGGAAGCACGGCAACAGGGGGAAAGUGAAGGUAGAGGUGAAAGUCACGAGCUCGAGAUGGAAGUCUCAUCAUCGCGGUCCCGAGAACCAAGCGAUUACCGGUCAACAGGAAAUGGCGGCCGGGAUUAUCUGCUUCCAGUCAGGCGUUCCGAGCAAGAGAGCGAAGACGUAUGCGUCCGAUGUGCAAGAAUGCGGGACGGGACCGCCCACGGUGUGUAUUUCAAAUAUGCCGCUCUCGACAUUGACUUCGACGCGCUUCUCAAAUUUCGCCUCGCACUCAAGCUUCACGGACUCUUCGCCUUCUACAGAGACGAGAGGAAUAAACUGAACCUUCUUCAUGUGGAAGGUUAG